GGAGGAGCAGCAGCGCUCUGAUGUCUGUAGUUAGAUCAGAUGACCGAUUAUGGCUGAUCUUCACCCGCAGGUAGCAUCAGACACUGCACUGUAAAUACCCCUCUCACCCCGGGGUAGGAUUCCGGGACGGGUUUAUUCUGAUGCAUGAUAUUACUGAGCUCCGGUUGAUGAGUUUAUUUUAGAGGAAACCGGAUAUCCGGUUGUGUGCAGUCGUUAAUCCAUGUGUACGUGGCGAUAGCAGUGAAGAUCUUUCAGAAAUGUCCUACAGAGAAAACUGGAAACUACAGCAUGAGAAACUGCACGUUAAACACCGAGGUCAUGAGGCCAUGCACGCUGAGAUGGUCCUGAUCCUCAUCGCCACGCUAGUGGUCGCUCAGAUCGUUCUGGUCCAAUGGAAACAGCGACACUGCAGAUCGUACACCUUAGUGACACUCCUGCAGAUGUGGGUGGUGCCUCUGUAUUUUACCCUGAAGCUGUACUGGUGGCGUUUCCUGUCCACAUGGGGCAUGUUCUCCGUCAUCACCAGCUACGUCAUAUUCAGAGCCACACGCAGGCCUCUCUCUGGGAGAACACCCAGGAUGGUGUAUAAAUGGUUCCUGCUCAUUUACAAGCUGAGUUACGCUGUAGGUGUGCUCGGAUACCUCGCCAUUAUGUUUACUUUGUUUGGAUUCAAUGUUUUCUUCAGGAUCAGAGCAGAGGACUCGAUGGAUGUGGGCGUGGUCAUGCUGUUCUAUGGACUGUACUAUGGAGUGAUGGGACGAGACUUUGCUGAAAUCUGCUCUGACUACAUGGCGUCCACUCUCGGAUAUUAUAACCUGGGUGGAAUGCCGUCUCGGAGUCUGUGCCAUGACAUAUGUGCCGUAUGUGGACAGAAGACUUUCGUGGACGUGGAUGAAGAGGGCGUCAUCGAGGACACGUACCAGCUCUCCUGCAGUCACGUAUUUCAUGAGUUCUGUAUUCGCGGCUGGUGCAUCGUGGGAAAGAAGCAGACGUGUCCAUACUGCAACGAGAAAGUGGACCUGAAAAAAAUGAUGAACAACCCCUGGGAGAGAACACACGUCCUGUACGGCCAGCUUCUGGAUUGGCUCCGAUACCUGGUUGCUUGGCAGCCUAUCAUUAUCGGUGUUGUGCAUGGGAUAAAUUUCUCGCUUGGUCUCGAGUAAAGUGUGAUUAAAGUGCCAUUCCACCAUUAGAUGUAUUCUUUGGCAUAAAAUACAAUAUAUUUUAUGACAACAUGCACUGUAAAAAAAAAUCUUGUCAAAUUUACAGUGAAAAACUGGCAGCUGUGGUUGCCAUUUUUUCACCGUAAAAAAUACAGUGACAGUGUAUAUGGCUUUACGGUAAGGUAUAUCAACACUUGUAAAAACAACAGUUUGAAAAUGUUCAAUUUUACAGGUAUUCAAUGUACAAUAAUCAAUACAUAACUGUUAAUUUUACGGAUAUUCAUUGUACAAUAAACAAUGAUUCAAAAUGAUGGUUACAAGCAAUGAUCUACUAGACAGAUAUAUAUAUAUAUAUUUUUUUAAGAAUUUUUUUGGGGGCUUUUUUCACCUUUAUUGGAUAGGACAGUGCAGAGACAGGAAAUGAGCUGGAGAGAGAGACAGGGAGGGAUUGGGAAAUGACCUCAGGUCAGAAUCGAACCCAGGUCCCCGGAUUCAUGGUAUGAUGCCUUAGUCAACUGAGCCACGACGGUGGGCAUUUUUAAAUUAUUUUUAACAGGGCAAUGAUGUAAUUUUAACUAUCACAUUCUGUUUUAGUAUUACAGUUUGUCUGUGUUUAAACUACAACAAUUUGUAAAUUCUACAAAAAAAAUAUGAUCAAUUCAACAUAUUCUUACUGUUAAAUUAACAGUGGUAUUUGGUUAGGAGUUUUACAGUAUAUUGAUGUAAAUUACA